CAGGCCGACAUGGAGGUCGAUAGCAAGGCUGAUGACAAGGCCGCCGGCCCCCGCUUUGUCGUCAAGAAAUGGAACGCCGUCACCUUCUGGUCAUGGGACAUCUGCACCGACACGUGCGCCAUCUGCCGCAACAAGCUGUACGAGCCCUCGAUUGAGGCUCAAGCCAACCCCGGCCUGGCAGACGACGCCGGCUACUCGAUCGCGUGGGGCUGCUGCGGGCACGUGUUCCACCUCGACUGCAUCUCUCGCUGGCUCAAGACGCGCUCCGUCUGCCCGCUCUGCAACCGAGAGUGGGAGUUUGCAAAGAUCGAGAAGAUCGCAAUGUACAACACCGAGUAGCGGCGCCCUCUCCGCCGUCCUCUGCCUGAUCCCGCCGCUGUCUGUCGCCGCUCGAGGGCCCUUCGCUCCCAGGGGGGACGGGGAAUGCGCCGACGGCUGAUGCCUGUUCUGCGCCGGCACCGCACCGCACCGCACCGCCCCCCCUUCCCCUUCCGCGCACCCAAAGUACGUUGUGUCCGACACAUCCAUUCUACAUUCAUUCGCCGAGUUUUCGUCGCAGUGCGCGACGUCUCUUCACUCAGAGGGUCAAAAUAUAUAUACGGCAAGAGGACCCCCGCUUCUGGGCCCAGGCGAU